GUGGACUAGACCUGGCAGAUGCCCUCAAACCAGGCCCCACCCCUAAAAUGGACAACCCCCCCAAAGUUCCUCCAAAGAGCGGGGGAGGCGGGGGAAGUUUCGAUGACUCAGACCUGUUUGAUGUGGGAGCUGGAGACUACAAACCUGAUGGGGGUCGCUCAGGAGGUCGAGCAGUGGACCCUGGCAAUGAUCCUCAGG